GUUCUGAGUAUGGGGGUACAUGAGGUUGGAGGAAAAAGUGUAGGGUGGACUUUUUUGUGUCUUAUUUUGCUCUGUCACUUUUGAGACUAAGCUAAUGGUACCUUUCCUUCCUUUUUUCACUUCCCCCUUUUAUAUAGGUGAUAAUAAAUAAUUUAUUACAAAAAAAAUGCAUGAUUACAAGUCUGAAGUAAAGCAUUAUAAAUGUAUCUGCUCAGGCUUCUUGCCUCUCUUCCUCUGCAUCUCUCUCAUAAUCUCUGCUGGCUGAUUUCUAUCUUCCAUCAUCACUGCUCCACUGCCUCCCCUCCCCUGCUUCCACCUCCAGUCUCCCAGUGUCUCCCAGUGUCUCAGUGCUGUUGUUUCGCCUCUCUGCUUUCUACUGUCUCGGCGGGCGUUGAAGCCAGUCAUGAACACCAAGCCCUCGCUGGAUGGGAGCUCUGAGUUUGUGAAGAACGAGGAGGCUCGGGAGAUUCCCCCUAUGAGGAGCUACCUCUGGCUCACCAUGUUCACCUGUUUCUGUCCUGCGUGGCCCAUCAAUAUUGUGGCGCUGGUUUUCUCUGUCCUGGCCCAGAAGAGCUAUACCCACGAGGACUAUGAUGGCUCCAGACGGCUGGGUCGGAAAGCUCUCCACUUGGGGAUCACCUCGUUUGUCAUCGGUGCUGUCAUCAUCACUGCGUACAUCAUUAUACACUUUACCACGCAUGAGGUGUGACCUCUAGAGGGAAAAGAGGAGAUGGAAGAGGCGAAAAGGUGAAGAGAUGAGCACCAUGUGGUGGAAAGGAGCUCUGUUUGGCUUCUGUCAUCAGCAGCUUUGGAGGUUUUUAAAAGAUCUGGUGGACCUAAUUUUAAUGUACCAUACAUCCUGACUGAAGCUAUUAUGUAAAUGAUAUUGUAACUACAUUUUCAUAGGCUAUGUGAAUGUAAGGUAAAAGAGGAGCCUUUCCUGUACUGUCAAUGACCAGGGUUUUUUUUUUCCUAACUAGAGGGCUAAAUUAUGAACUGCUAUCAGAUAACAGACAACAUCUGCUUGAUAACAUCAACAGAAAACAUCUUAUUGUUUGAAGAAGCCACUGAUAAUUGUUAACUUGUGUUUGCAAUCUUACUGUACAUGAUGUGAGCUUACAAAUAUAACAUUAAACGUUUUGUUCAAAAAAAUGGCCAGUUAAACAAAACGGAAAUUACACAAUAUUCAUAUUUCCUGUCAUGCAGAAUAAAAACGAGUUUAGAAGUGCAGAUGGCAUAGCUUAAACCAAUACCAAAAUUUAUAUUUCAAACAGGGACUCAACUCAUUUGAUCUCCUUACAAUCAAUACUAUGAUUAUGAUCUGGCAACAAUAUUGCCACACUAUAGUAGGUUGAUUUCACAAUACUCAGUCUACUUUGCCUUUUGGCCUCAUUUCACCUUCUUUGACACCUGCUGCAAGCUGUUGACUACGUGUAUGAGUAGUUGUAAUCUGAGAGAUAUCAUUAACGCUAUUACAGGGCUAAAAAUACAGCAUGCAAUUUUUACAGUUUAAUCACUGUGCUAAUUAAAAAGAAAAGAAAAGUCUAAUCACCAGCUUAUAGCAGUGAAUCUGCUGGCACAUUGCCGUGAACCCAGAAGUAUCUUAAUGAAGAGGUUUUGAUUGUGAACCAUGUUAACCUCUGAUUUUGGCAUUUUCCAUUGGCAGAACCUCAUAAAACAUGAGUGCCAUGCCUCUCGGCUGAUCAUAAACUCUGUACAGCACUGGAAGAAGGAGGUCAUCUCGACUUGGUUUUCCCUUUGAAGUCCCUUUUCCAAAUCCAUAUAAAUCCCCAAGAGAGAAAAGAAGGAACUACAUCUCUGGUUGUAAACCUUGGUUGGUGAAAAUGAACCAUAGCUAAAAUCUUUUGAAUUAUUUUGAUUUUUGUGCUUUGGACCAAGUUUCCAAUGCUGCAACACUGGAAAGUAAUCUGUUUGCACAUGAAGCACUGAAAUUUUAUAGAGAAUAUCCGUGGAAAUACAAUAAGCUGCUGAUUUUUUUUCUCCAACACAGUCUAAAACAAAAAUGACCACUGUGGAAACGACUGCUAAUGUAAAUGCUUUUUGUUUAAGAUUUUCUUUUUGAAUCUUAAAACUGUAACAUUGUGACCCACUGAAUUUUAUUUCAAAUAAAAUGGUAGGAUGUUUAAAUUUA